GAGUUUCAGUUUCUUUUCUUUCCUAGAGUCUCUGAAGUCAGGGAUCUUUUAAGAAACUUCUGUCUCCAAACCGUGGCUGCUCGAUAAAUCAGAUAGAACAGUUAAUCCUCAAUUUAAGCAUCAUCCAACUCUUAGAAACAGGUGCUCUGAUGUUGGAUGAACAUAUAUUCAUAACUGUUAUAUCUUUCUGAUCUAGAACAAUGGAAGUGACAACAAGAUUGACAUGGAAUGAUGAAAAUCAUCUGCGCAAGCUGCUUGGAAAUGUUUCUUUGAGUCUUCUCUAUAAGUCUAGUGUUCAUGGAGGUAGCAUUGAAGAUAUGGUUCAAAGAUGCAGCCAUCAGGGAUAUACUAUAACAAUGACUUACAUUAAUGAAAAUAUGAUUGUAGCCUUUGUGCUUGGAAAUUAUAUUAAUUUACGUGAAAGUUCGACAGAGCCAAAUGAUUCCCUGUGGUUUUCACUUCAAAAGAAAAAUGACACCACUGAAAUAGAAACAUUAUUCUUAAAUACAGCACCAAAAAUUAUUGAUAAACAACUGGUGUGUCGUUUAUCGAAAGAUGAUAUUUUCAUUAUACGUCCAGAUAAUAAAAUUUAUCUAGAUAGAAUGAUGACAAAAAACUUGAAACUAAGGUUUUAUGGCCACCUUCAAUUUUUGGAGUGCGAAGUUUUUCGAGUUGAAGGAACUAAGUAUAACCUAGAGUACACAAAGAGGAUAAUGAAAGCCAGAGAGCACAGAAAUAAGCUUCUAGCAGACAUCAGAGCCUACAAGCCCUAUGCAGACUUGGUUUCAGAAAUUCGUAUUCUUUUGGUGGGUCCAGUUGGGUCUGGAAAGUCCAGUUUUUUCAAUUCAGUCAAGUCUGUUUUUCAUGGCCAUGUGACUGGCCAAGCCAUAGUGGGGUCUGAUACCACCAGCAUUACUGAACGGUAUAGGAUCUAUUCUGUUAAAGAUGGAAAAAAUGGAAAAUCUCUGCCAUUUAUGUUGUGUGACACCAUGGGAAUAGAUGGGGCAGAGGGAGCAGGACUGUGCAUGGAUGACAUUCCCUACAUCUUAAAAGGCUGUAUACCAGACAGAUAUCAGUUUAAUCCCCGUAAACCAAUUACACCUGAGCAUUCUACUUUUAUCACCUCUCCAUCUCUGAAGGACAGGAUUCACUGUGUGGCUUAUGUCUUAGACAUCACCUCUAUUGACAAUCUCUCCUCUAAAAUGUUGGCAAAAUUCAAGCAAGUUCACAAAGAAGUAUUAAACUGUGGUGUAGCACAUGUAGCCUUGCUUACUAAAGUGGAUGAUUGCAGUGAGAUUCUUCAAGACAACUUUUUAAACCUGAGUAGAUCUAUGACUUCUCAAAGGCAGGUCAUGAAUAUCCAUAAAAUGCUAGACAUUCCUAUUUCCAGUAUUUUGAUGGUUGGAAAUUAUGCUUCAGAUUUGGAACUGGACCCCAUGAAUGAUAUUCUGAUCCUCUCUGCACUGAGGCAGAUGCUGCGGGCUGCAGAUGAUUUCUUAGAAGAUUUGCCUCUUGAGGAAACUGGUGCAAUUGAGAGAGUGUUACAGCCCUGCAUUUGAUAUAAGUUGCCUUGAUUCUGACAUUUGGCCCAGCCUGUAUUGGUGUGCCUCAGUGAGAGUCAAUCUCUAUUGACAGCCUCCUUCAGAUUUUGCUUUUGUUCAUUUUGCCUUCUGUCCUUGGAACAGUCGUAUCUCAAGUUCAAAGGCGAAACCUGAGAAGCAGUGGGCUAAGAUAGGUCCUACCACAAACCACCCCUGCAUAUUUCUGUACCAUUUACAAUUCAGUUUUCAGUGAUACCCUUUUAAACCACUCCAGGAAAAAUGAGAUAUUCUUUUAUUUAUUCUUCUAUAACACUCUAUAUAGAGCUAUGUGAGUACUAAUCACAUUGAAUAAUAGUUAUAAAAUUAUUGUGUGGACAUCUGCUUUCUUAAAUAGAUUGUGAGUUCUUUGAGAAACAGUGUGGAUUUUACUUAUCUAUGUAUUCACAGAACUUAGCACAGUGCCUGGUAAUGAGCAAGCAUACUUACCAUUACUUUUCCCUCCCACCCUCUCCAACAUCACAUUCACUUUAAAUUUUUCUCUAUAUAGAAAGGAAAACUAGCCUGGGCAAUAUGAUGAAACCCCAUCUCCA